GUUGUGAGUGUGUGUUUCUUUGUCUGGUAUCCAACCACUCUCUUUGUCCAGGAGACAAGGAGUCACAUUUCAGCCAUGUUUGUGUGUGUCCAUAUACUGGCCACAGAUAGGUGGUGCUCCUUGGAUCAAGACAUACUCAGUGCAGUCUGUGUCGCAGUGAAAGAGGGAGUUCGGUUCCCUUGACUCAUGCAUAAAAUAUAGAUCUUUGGCAAUGCAAACACACUUGUUGAGACGAGGGAUACGCAGCCUUACUGAGCCUCACAGAGGAGAGUCCACUCAGACACCUGUACAGGGACCCAUAAAGGGUCAAAUGCUUUCUCUGGAUAUGAUCUAAUGUUUUUGGGACAAGAGGAAGAGUUUAGGCUGACACUGUUUGAUGACUUCCAGUGGGCAUAUUCUGGCGCACAGCCAUGGAACUGUCACAAAAGAUGCACUGGAUCCGCAACCGGCCCUGGAGGGUCCGAGCUCGCCACAGGAAGUUCAGCAGAGUAUCAUCCCGCUCCCCAGACAUCAUGGCCACUGGCACUCACUCUCCUGGAGGACCCAAUGGCAUCAUCAGGAGCCAGUCAUUUGCUGGAUUCAGCACACUGCAGGAGAGACGCUCACGGUGUAACUCCUUCAUGGGGAAUUCAGCCGUGCAGAAGAAGCCCAUCUCAAAGCCCAGGAAGCCCCAUCUGUCUGGAUACAAGUCCAGCAGCGGCAGCAGCAGCAGCUCACGAGAACCGCAGCCCAGAAGAGUGGAAGAAGUUUACGGAGCCCUCAAACAAGGCCUGGAUGAGUAUCUGGAGGUGCAUCAAACAGAGCUGGUUAAACUCACCUCACUCAUGAAGGACAUGAAGAGAAACUCCAGACUGGGUGUGCUGUAUGAUCUGGACAAGCAAAUUAAGACUAUUGAAAGAUACAUGCGACGACUGGAGUUCCACAUCAGUAAGGUUGAUGAGCUGUAUGAGGGAUUUUGUAUUCAAAGGCGGUUACGUGAUGGAGCCAGUAAGAUGAAACAGGCCUUCACUGCUUCACCCUCCACUAAAGGCACACGUGAGAGCCUGGCUGAGGUCAACCGCAGAUAUAAAGAGUAUACAGAGAACAUGAGCACUUUUGAGGGCGAGCUGGAGAACCUGCUGGGAGAGUUUCAUAUCAAAAUGAAAGGAUUGGCUGGCUUCGCCAGGCUUUGUUCCGGUGACCAGUAUGAGAUUUUCAUGCGAUAUGGCAGACAGCGAUGGAAACUGAAGGGGAAGAUCGAAGCAAACUCCAAGCAGAGUUGGGAUGGGGAGGAGAUGAUCUUUAUGCCCCUCAUCACAGACCUUAUCAACAUCAAGGUGACAGAGUUAAAGGGGUUGGCCACUAACAUCCUAGUGGGUAGUGUGAUCUGUGAAACCAAGGACCUGUUCACCGCUAUGCCUCAGGUGGUAGCUGUAGACGUCAAUGACUUGGGAACCAUUAAACUUAACCUAGAGGUUGCCUGGUUUCCAUUUGAUGUGGAGGAUCUGACCCUGUCCUCAGGAAAUGUGAGCAAAGCCACCGCCCUGCAGAGACGAGUGUCUGUGUACAGCCAAGGCACACCUGAGACACCCACUUUCCAGGACACCUCUUUCUUUUCCACUUUACCUGAUGACGUCUUUGAAAACGAAGGUUGUGAUGUCGCUGAGUGCAAACACCUGUCUUUCAGCUUCUCAGACACAUCCACCUCAAGCCCCGCCCCUAUCCAUUCAAACCCUGAGAUCACUGUCACGCCCCCUGAGACAGACCCGCGUUCUGAGCAGAGUCCCACCUCUGAGAAUCCGCUUCAGGAAGAGGGUGGUGAGGAAGCAGAAGAGAGCUGCUGCAUGAGUGCCAAUGUGGCCAGUGCCAGUGAUGCAGACCUGGAGUGGGAUCCGGUUGAGGGUCAGGGCCUUGUCACAGGCUCCGGAGCCAUCUCUCUGUGCUGUGAGAGUCAGCUAUCUGCUUUGGGACCAGAGAAUGUGGUGUUCCUGGAGCCCAACGUGCCCGAUGAAGCCUUGGAGCUGAAGCCAGUGGAGCUGGAUGGGGAGGAAGGCAGUCUGACCAGGCAGCUGGUGAGGAGGCUGACCUCGUCUGACAUACUACAGACUGGAGCUCUGAGCUGGGCCGGAGAGGGCAGCAGGGCUUUCCUGGAGAACAACCUGGAGGAGGCCAUUCAAUCCCUGCUCCUGCGGCUGGAGAGCUUGGGCCAGCGCUGUGGGGAGCUCCAGGACUUGGAGCAGGAGGUUAUGAGGCUUGAAGACCUGCUCAAAUGUCGGGCGCCUGCCCAUAGGAGUCGUUCAUCAAGUCUCAGUUUGACUGUGGAGAGCGCUCUGGAAAGCUUCGACUUCCUCAACACCUCCGACUUUGAUGACGAUGACACUGGAGAUGAUGCUGGCACCCUCUCACGAUCGGUCUUCUUUGACAUGGAGUCAGAGAGAAUCGGGCCAGGCCAGCAUCCAGAAGCAAGAGGCCACCUGAGUGAAGCCCUAACAGAGGACACCGGUGUGGGGAACAGUGUGGCUGGCAGUCCCUUGCCUCUCACCACAGGAAAUGAGAACCUAGACGUGGCAAUCAUUAUUCAUCUACAAUACUGCAAUCAUCUCAUUCAGUUGUUGAACUCUGGAGGAAGCUCAUCGCAGCAUAAGGCAUACUUGCACAAAUUGGCUACCCAAACACUCCUAUUGGAGGAGCUCAGUGAGAAAAACUUUGAAAGAUCAGGCAGCUUUACCACAGCAUCUGAUGUGCUGCCUGGAUUAGCGGAGCAGCCGUUGCUGAUGUCUCUGUGGUCAGACUGCAGUAGUGGCUUGUUCCAUACUACACUGGACCAAGUUUUUAAACACAUGCAUCUCAGCUUUGCCUUACCACUGCAAGAGAUUCUCCCUCAUUCACCAGACUCAGUGAUAAGGAUGGUGGUUAAUGAGAUGGUGGACAGGAGCGAUCUGGCCUCAUCCCCGUGUCCAUCACCAUCCUCUCUGUCACAGGAUGUACUUACCGUGUUUCAGUUCCACAGCUACAUGGUUGAACACAAUAUCACAGACAUGGAGCAACACCUGCUGAAUUUAGCCAAAGAGGUCAUGUUUGCAGAAGCGCUCAGCUGUGGUGAUACAGAUUGUUCUCUAAAAGAGCUACAAGACAUCUCCAUCACCUCUCUCCAGCCCCGCCCUCAAACCCUGUGGGCUGUGGCCGGACUGCUGACCUCUGAUGACCCUGACCUGAGCAAGGCUGCUACAGCCUUCCUGUCCUCUGCUGCCUCACACAAGCCCUUCAGGUCAAAGGCUGUGGAUUGUUACACACAAGCCUUAUCAGAAGCAGGGUUAUACCCACCAAGAACCACAUGUGCUGCUCUAAGUUGCCUACAGGCUGUGGAGAGCAUUGAUGCUGUGGUGUCACUGUGUGACUCAGCAGAUGAAGAACUCCACCAAGUUGCCAUAGAAACCCUCCUCACUUUUGGUGAAGAAGGGCGACUGGCAUACGAGCAGCUGGACACAGUGCCGAGAGAGAUGGUGCGGCUGGGAACUCGCCGUGGUAAUGCCGUCACCACUACAUUUUAGAAAAAGUAGUUCACACAGGAACCCGUUUCUACUGUCAUCCCGACUUCACCUGUUAUUAUCCGUGACCCAGAACACUUAACUCACAAACGGAAAAGUGACAAAGGGCUUGAGACUUCUCCUUUGAUUCAGACCCAUAUCAUGAAAGCGGUUAUGAGUAAUUGUUGCUGAUUUAACAAUUAAGGCAUUUAUUUAGUUGUCUACAAAUUUGCAAAUAUCAGUAAACUGCACUGUCAGAGGCAUGUAAAUAGUCAGGCUAUCUGUUUAUCAGAGCUGCAAAGCUCAUUUUAAUUUUAUCCUGGGAUUUUAUUUUCCCCCUCUAUAUGUGCUGUUCAGUUUCAGGGAUAUACAGGACAGUUUUGAUGCUCACCGUUAGACUCUGUUUGCAUUUUUGCCUGGACAGAGUGAUAUUUCUGCCUAAUGUGGAAAGAUCUGAGUGUACUGUUCAAACCCCUAAUUUUCCCUUUUCUUUGCUGGUCAUUUGGACUGCUGAAUGAUCAUUGUGGACUGUGGACCACUGACUUAUAGACUGCUCCAUGCCUUUCACUUGUCAGUGACAAAUAUGUCCAUAAAUGGAACUGUGAGGAGCAUAAAGUGACCUGCCACUUGUGACAUAGGAAGCAGGGUGGCUGGACAACACCCCAGAUUGUACUGAAUCCAUUGAAUUAACAAGGUAUUAAUGCCUGGGUACAUGGGAUCUUGCAUCUAAGGGCUCGAGGACAGACUGGGCCCUUGCAGAGUAUCUGAAAAUGCACUUUUUAAUGCUAUAUUCAGUCAGAGAGGAUGUGACGCAUUACUGUGAAUUUUGGUUCAUGCAUAAAUGAAGACUGGAAGUACAGUGCUCUAUGAUCUAAUUUGCUUCUGUGCCUAUUGUUACUGUACUACUGAUUCAUGUGACUAUAAUGAGUAAUAUUUCUUUAAUUUCUUUUUCCAUCCCUUCUUUAUAAACGGUAAGACGCUGAUAUUUUUUGCUCUUUUUAAUAAUGAUAACAGAUUGUAUUAAAGGUGUACUACAGACUUAUUUGUUUUUGGUCUGUUCACAAUAUGAUUAAGUUUGGUGCAUCAGAAUUUGGUCUUGUUGAGAGAGUGUGACUCUGAUAGCAAGGUUUUUUUUUUUUUUUUACAUAUAGAAAGAAGUUGUAUUGAUCGAUAUCAUGUUUAAUGUGUAUUUGCUGAGAUUUCCACAUGUGAAAGUUAUACAGUAUUUGUGUUCAAGGAAAAAAAUCGAAAAAUGUCUUUUCAGUAUGCUUAUUGGCAUGAAAAAUGAGAGAACGCUCUUUGCUAACAGAACGCUUGCCUUGCUCUGUGCCGUUUACACAGCCAGUGUCAAUAUUUAAAACUUGCAAAUGUGAAUUCCUGUUUAUAUGGCUGCAAUUAAAAUGUAAUUUUGUAGAUUGCCCUAUUGUAAGAAUUGUCAAUGUGACCGAUGUUCACAAUAAACAUUUUUUUUUACCACUUUAAGAAUUUUACCAAAGUAGGGCUUUAAAUCCAUUUAACAAAAGAGCACAUACGUAUUAGAAGAAUGUACUGAGUAGAUACAAGUUACUGGAACUAUAUGCAUUAAAAGCACAACUUUUUUUGGUAAGAUUGUUUCUUAACAUGUUAAACAUGUUAUCUGGCAUCUACUAAAGAAUGUCCUAAAGCCAUAAUGAUACAAAAGCAAAUUUACAUGGAUCCGCCACAACAUUAAAACCACCUGCCUAAUAUUGUGUAGGUCCCCCUCGUGCGGCAAAACAGCACCAACCCGCAUCUCAGAAUAGCAUUCUGAUAUGAUAUUCUUCUCACCAAAAUUGUAAAGAGUUGUUAUCUGAGUUACCGUAGACUUUGUCAGUUUGAACCAUUCUCUGUUGACCUCUCUCAUCAAUGAGGCGUUUCCGUCCGCAGAACUGAUGCUUACUGGAUGUUUUUGGCACCAUUCUGAGUAAAUUGUAGAGACUGUUGUGUGUGAAAAUCCCAGGAGAUCAGCAGUUACAGAAAUACUCAAACCAGCCCGUCUGGCACCAACAAUCAUCCAUGCGAAUAUUUAAUCAGCCAGUCGUGUGGCAGCAGUGCAUACAAUCAUGCAGAUAUGUCAGGAGCUUCAGUUAAUGUUCACAUGAACCAUCAGAAUAGGGAAAAAUGUGAUCUCAAUGAUUUGGACCGAGGCAUGAUUGUUGGUGCCAGAUGGGCUGGCUUCAGUAUUUCUGUAACUGCUGAUCUCCUGGGAUGUUUUGGCAGCAUGAGGGGGACCUAUACAAUAUUAGGUAGGUGGUUUUAAUGUUGUGGCUGAUCCGUGUAUAUUCAAGGCUGGUUUGUUUUUUUCUACUUAUCAGCAUUGUCUAUAACAGAAUUUAAAAAUAAAAGUUUUUGUUUAAUGUAUUUAGUCACUGAAAUUAUAACAUAGCUUUGGCUAUAUUUUCCACUUGCUUUGCGAGUUUGUCUAAUUACCACCGUUGCAGUAUUUGGACUCUGGGCAUUGCUAAUAACUCAAAUGAAUUUAUUUGCACAGAAGCAUCAAAUGAAAAGGUAAUAUUAAAAUGUUUUGCCUUUUAUUCAUCUCAGAAAAAAGCUAUGUGAUAUUAAACUGCAUUUUAAUGUUGUCACAAACCUCAUUAGAAAUAUAAAUCAAUGUUUCUUGAUAGGAAUUAGGAAAGUUAUUACUAUGGUGUGUGAGUGUGUGGCAGUAAGUACUGUUGAUGGCUUGAGCACACAGCUUGCUGUUGCAAUCAUUUUAACCACUUCUGUUUUAAAUGAAUACACAUGCACAAUUUCACUUGAUGUCAUAAUGAAUUUGCUAAUGUUCCCUCACUGUUUUAUUUUUUAGUUUAGUUUACUGUAUUUUCUCUGUCUGCUGAAAG